AUGGAUAGUCCGCUUGAAUUGUUGAAGCUGAUCCUGAGGAACCAAGUCAUAUGGAUUUCGCGCUUUGCUGAGGAGCAUACAAUGAGCUUCUCAGACCUGUAUGCAAAGGAAGAAGAAGGAUCCAAGAUUCGCUUAAACGCGAUUUGUUAUAUUGCGAGGUCACAGUACCUAGUUGAUGGCUAUUGUUAUCUUGAGCCAAGUGCUUACACUGCACUGUGGUCCACCUACUACAACAAACUAAGCCACCAACCAUGUCGAGUGCGAUAUUUCUUUAUCACUGAGCAUGUUGUCCCCGGAUCUCAUAUUCGGGAAUACUCAGGAAGCACCGUCACCCAGGACGACGUUCUGCACCUAUACGUCAAGCAAUAUACCCCCAAGGAUCGACCUGAGCCGGUGCCGAUGGACGCUGCCAUGGUUAAUGCGGGAGAUGGAGCGUUCCCGCGAGAGUGA